AUACGUUUCACUAAAUAGUUCUUCAUAGGCAGGACCCUAACAAAUCCAGUUGCGCUCAUCAAAUGUUUGGGAUCAAUUAGAGACCAUGCUUUUGUAGCUUCUGAAUAUCCCUUAAUUUUAACACUUGAAGAUCAUCUUACUCCAAAUCUUCAAGCUAAAGUAGCAGAGAUGGUUACUCAAACAUUUGGAGACGUACUUGUAUCGACUACAUCAGAAUGCUUGUCACAGUUCCCAUCGCCAGAAUCAUUGAAGAGACGGGUUAUCCUCUCGACCAAACCACCCAAAGAGUAUCUUGAAACGAAGAGUGGAAAAGACGAAGAAAAUGGCAUUUCGACAGUGAAGAAAUCAUCAGAGGAAGCAGCAUGGGGAAAGGAUAAAGUCUCCGAUUAUAUUGAUAGAUUGAAAAUCAAUGCUGAGAAUGACUUGGAGCAUGGAGAGUAUCAAGAUGAGGAAGACCAACUGGAUGAGAAUCCUAAUCAGCAUAAUGCAGCACCUGAAUAUAAGCAAUUAAUUGCCAUCCGGGCAGAGAAAAUGAAAGGCGGAAUUAAAGCAUGGCUGAGAGUCGAUUCUCAAAAGGCUCAUCGUGUUAGCUUGAAUGAAGAAAAGCUCGAAAAUGCUGUCAAAACUCAUGGAACUGAUAUUGUCAGAUUUACACAGAGAAACUUGAUGAGAGUAUACCCAAAAGCUUCAAGGAUUGAUUCAUCAAAUUUCAACCCCCUAAUCGGGUGGAUCUACGGAGCUCAGAUGGUCGCGUUUAAUAUGCAGGGACAUGACAAGUCUCUAUGGUUGAUGCAAGGGAUGUUCAGAGCAAAUGGUGGGUGUGGUUAUGUGAAAAAACCAGAUUUGUUACUUAAGGUAGGCCCGGAUAACGAGGUAUUCGAUCCUAAAAAGAAAGGAUUACCUGUGAAGAAAAUCUUGAAGGUGAAGGUGUACAUGGGAGAAGGUUGGAUUUUGGAUUUUAAGCGCACACACUUUGAUCUAUAUUCCCCGCCAGACUUCUACGUCAAGGUUGGGAUUGCUGGAGUUCUUGCUGAUACAUUAGUUAAGAAAACCAAGGUCAUUGAGGACAAUUGGUUCCCGACAUGGAACGAAGAGUUUGAGUUCCCAUUGACAGUUCCAGAGUUGGCAUUACUUCGAGUCGAAGUUCAUGAAUUUGAUGUGUCAGAUAAGGACGAUUUUGGGGGACAAACUUGUAUUCCAGUUUCAGAGUUGAAAACAGGUAUUCGAUCCAUGCCUCUUUAUAAUCACAAGGGAGACAAGUACAAAUCUGUCAAAUUACUCAUGCGCUUCAACUUCGUAUAAAGUUUUUUCAUCUAGUCCUAUGAUUUAUGAUCGAUGUUUGUAUUCAUACUUAUGUAAAAAGUAGUUUGUGUGAUGUGUACGGAUUGUAACAAGCAAUAAAUUGGACCCAUGAGUCCGGAUAUUAUUUCCACAAUGACUACUAUCUAACAGUUGGUUCAA